UUGUUUGUACUGGAUGGGAAGUGUUGCUCAGAUAUGAUUUGUUUUAGCUGCUGUUUAAUAGAUUGUAGUCGUUAGUCUGUAGUUGAAAGGCCAUGCGCUCGGUCAGUUAUGUGCAGCGCGUGAGUUUAGACUUCACAGGAACAAUCUUUCCUCACGCCAUCUGUCUUGGAGAUGCAGAUAACGACUUGUUGAAUGAGCUGGUGGUGGGAGACACUAGUGGGAAGCUGUACAUCUAUAAAAAUGAUGACUGUAAGCCCUGGAUCACGAGGACAUGUGUGGGCAUGUUAACAUGUGUUGGAGUGGGAGAUGUUUGCAACAAAGGAAGGAACUUUGUUGUGGCGGUUGGUGCGGAGGGCUGGUUUCACCUGUUUGAUAUCAGCGCUGCUGCAGCCAAAUCAGACUCCUCAAGUCAGCAGGAUGGUUCGAUCGGGGACGAGCAGAAGCCCAGUUACACCCAGCACAUCCCCGCCAAUACCAAAGUGAUGCUCAUCAGUGAUAUUGAUGGAGACGGGCGCUGUGAGCUUGUCGUUGGCUACACGGACCGGGUAGUGCGGGCGUUCAGGUGGGAGGAACCUUCUGAUGCUUCAGAUUUGAGUUCUGGUCAGAUGGUCUUACUGAAGAAAUGGCUUCUGGAUGGCCAGGUUGACAAUCUCUCGGUUAACCCAAGUCCAGAAGGUCUCCCUGAACUAAUGGUGUCUCAGCCCGGCUGUGGUUAUGCUAUUCUGAUGUGCUCUUGGACACAAGAGGGCGCUGCAGGACCUGGGGAUGAAAACACAGCAACUCCUAGCAGAGACGUUGUCCUUCAUCUUACCACCGGACGCAUCCAUAACAAGAACGUGUCCACUCAUUUGAUAGGCAGCAUUUGCAGAGGUUCUAAGGAUGAUUCGUCUAAAGGUGGCUUGUUUGCUCUUUGCACACUAGACGGAACGCUGAAGCUCAUGGACAGCUCUGAGAAGCUCAUGGACAGCUCUGAGAAGCUCUUGUGGUCUGUGCAAGUGGACCACCAGCUUUUUGCCCUCCAGAAGCUGGAUGUCACUUGUGAUGGGAGAGAGGAAGUGGUGGCCUGUGCCUGGGACGGCCAAACUUACAUCAUCGAUCAUGCACGUAUGGUGGUCCGCUUCCAGUUUGAUGAAAAUGUGAACGCAUUCUGUGCCGAUUGCGUGGGUCAUUAUGGAAACAAUCUGGCCGAGUCUCUGAUCUUUAAUUUACGAAUUGUCAGUAGAUCACCUGUAGAACUUUCCACUCCCAUCAGCGCCACGGGACGCAGCCACCCUGGACGCCUGCAGAACAGUGUGGCAGACUUGGUUAAAGCUAGAGGGAGCAAUCCAGGGCUGUCAGCUGAGUUGGAGACUAUGGCAACUGACAGCCAGGAGCUGAGCUCUCCAGAGGCCUGUUGGCCUAUUUGCACACAAUACAAGGACAUCUUCAUGCUGGUUGGAACAGGAGCAGCCUGCCCUCAGUGGAGGGUCAAUGAUGUCAUCCCAUGUGGCUCUGUAUGGUUGUGGGAACAUCGUUUCCCUCCAUCAUCAGAUGAAAGAAGCUUAAAAUAG